GUCAUGCAUAAAGCACAGUGACUUCCUCCGGAGUCAACACUUACUGCAGGGCUCACACAACUGACCGCCUCCCCUGUCACCACUCAACAGCUGAGAUGGCUCUGAGUGGUAGAGUCGCAGUUGUGACCGGAGCAGCAAAUGGAAUAGGAAAAGGAAUAACGGAGAUACUUCUGCAAAACGGUGCCAAGGUAGCGCUCUUGGAUACGAAUGAAACUGCAGCAGAGAUUUUAAUGGAAGCCCUCAAUAAACAGUACGGACAAGAAAGAGCUUUGUUCCUCAACUGUAACGUUGAAUCAGAGGAGCAGAUCAAAGCUGCCUUUCAGAAAACCGCAGAAACCUUUGGAGGAAUAGACAUCCUGUGCAACAAUGCCGGCAUCUUGAAUGAGAGCACGUGGGAGAAAACUGUCUCCAUAAACCUCACUGGCGUUAUCAGGGUAACUUACCUGGCUCUGGAGCACAUGAACAAGUUGACCGGAGGUCGGGGAGGGGUCAUCGUCAACACAGCAUCAAUGGCAGGUCUCGGCCCACUAAUGAGCUGUCCUGUCUAUACAGCCACCAAGCAUGGAGUGGUCGGCUUCACCCGAGCCAUGGCGGCUGCCUCUACCGUAUCAGGCUACGGUAUACGGGUCAAUGCGCUUUGCCCAAGUUUCGUCCAAACUGAACUCUCCUCCACCAUCACAUCCAAGUUGGGACAAUUCUCUCACCUAGCUGCUGCAACUCAACAAUGCAUAGAAAAGACUAGGAUAUUAAGUGUGUCCGAGGUAGCUGAGUCCCUCCUCGAGCUGGUAACAGAUGAGACAAAGAACGGAGAGGCUCUCAUGGUCUUCCCAAAAGGAAAGAAAUACAUGACUUUUCCUUCACUCAUCCCGUAGCUCUUGGCAGUGACAACACCAUCGUACAGUACCAACCCUUGGACUGGAACCUGCAAUCAAAACUGCAAUGUUUCUUGAUAGUUUAAUGCGCAAAAUAAAAUUGAAAAAAAAUCCCGCAGAUGCUUUGAGUACAGCAGACAAGGAAUUUCAGCUAAAAUACCUUCAGUGGUCAAUACAUUGUACACAGAAAGGUCUAAACUGUGGGGCUUUUUUUCCUUGUUAUUUUGAGCACCAGUAAUUUGCAUCUUCUACUGGUUUUCAUUAAUUUUGCUUGUAGUUUAACUAAUGCUGCAUUAUAAUCAUUAUCAUAAUCAACCUACCAUAAUUUUUCCCCUGUGUUUCCUCAAUUGUGUCAGCAGUCAUUGGAACAUAUGAAAGAUUACUGUCACCUGAUUUAAAAUGCAGCAAAUACAUAAUGUAUUUUGGGUGAUGACUUUAAGGUGUUGCUAUUUAACUGGCAAACGUGUCCGUCGUAAAGGGUCAGUUCAUCCAGAUUACCACAUUUUUUUCACCACUUAGGUUAAUUGCUGGUUAUUACAUUUCAUAAUCACAUACCUUUCUGCACACUAUGUCAUAACGUUGUAGUUUGUAGAUAAUAAAAAUACUCAUGCACAUACAACACGCUGUUGUUGGUUCAGGUGUUCCUUUCCACACAGUAUAACAAAUCAGUGAUUGGGAAAAAGACUUUACAAUAUGAAUUUCGAUAUUUGUCUUUUUGGUUGAAAGUGUAUUAUAGAAAGGUUGCGGUGCAGACAAUCAGUAGGUAUCAUGAACCUUUUGGUCCAUGACUGGAGCUGAUCCUGGCAGCGUGCACCGCAGGAGGGAGUCGGAAGCUGUCCAAACUUACAAAACGCUGAAUGAGUGUGCCUCUGGUUCCGAGUUAAGUCAGGGGCUUGGUUCAUGGUAUACUUGCUUGCAGGUCUAGUAUAUUUUUUACUUGCCCCGGAGACAUUUUAGUCAACUACGGUAAGUUACAGAGCAGAUACAAAACAGAGUCCAUUUCUUGUGGUAGUUCAUGUGUAUGUGAAGGACAGAGUGGGCAAUGUCGUCAGCAAAGUAAGCAAACUUGUCUUACAUCAGUUGUAAGGACACUAGUUGACCUAAUGUAUUCCGUGACCCUAACCAUCACAAAUAAAAGCCUAACUCUAACCCUACCACUACCCUUAACCUUAACCUAAACCCAACUCUAACCUGAACCCUAAAACCAGGUCUUAACCUUCAAACAGCCCUUUUAAGUUGUGGGGACUGGCCAAAAUGUCCUCACACCAAUGGUUUCAAAACAAAAUUUGUACAGACAACCACAGAAAGGAUGUGGUUUGAAUUCAGGAAAAUCUGCAGCGUUAUAACUCACAAAAAAUUUACUUACUUUAACACCCCAUUGUCUGCAUAUGUUUGAGGUACAUCAGCGACGUGGGAGAAUUGUCCCAGUCUGUCUAAAAUGUGGGAGAAGAGGUCAGUUUGCACAAAACCUGGGCGACUCGUAUACCAUAGCCUGAGGCAGAAGAAGCAGCCUAGUAAAAGAUAUACACAUACACACAAUUAGUCCUCAGCUGCUCAGGGGCACAAUGCAAAAUACAAGCAAUAAAAUGAAAAGAAUGUAAAGACGAUGUUUUCUUGUCUUUAUCAUAAGAAAAUCGGCUCGAGUGAAGCCGCCCACUCCAUGCCUGGUGCCUGUACAGACAGGACAGCUCAGCAGUGGGCCGAGAUCUGUAAAAUGUGGGUUAUACCAACAUAUAUGUCAACAUCAUGGUUAAAAUUUUGUCAGAGAUUUCACAACAUUUUGUGUUGCAAAUGAAAAGCUAGUGUCCUAAUAACUCCUACCUCAGGUUUUCAUUGAGAAACUUUUUUUUUGUAAAGUAAUAAUAUAAAGUAUAAGCCUUUACACGUCCUAUCAGAGGUGGAACAGAGAUUAAAGAUCUCACUCACCGCAGAGACCUGUGUUCAAACACAGUAAUGGUGUUUCUAGCUUUAAAUUAAAAACUCUGCUGUUUCUCUUAGCCUUCAGUUGAUUUUUUUCUCUACUGUGCUCACCUUUCUACAUGUAUGAACAAAAUUUAUACACAUAUUAAAAAAGCUUUUCUGUCUAUUUGCUCAGUGCUUGAGGAGAUAGAAG